AUGGCGCCCGCUCUGAAUCCGAUUGACUACUAUGUUCCCGUCGUGAAUCGCGGAAUAACAAUCCGCGCCUCGUCUCUCACCUGCAUGCUUGUAUCGUGGGUAGCCUGCUGGGCCCUUUUUGGAGCUAUAACAUUAAAUAAUGAGAUUCCCAACGGGUUGGGUCUCCAUGAAUGGACUAUAAUCACCGAGAAUCCGGAUGGUACUUCGAAUUACGAAACCUACUCACGUUAUCUUAUGUGGUUUUACCUUACCAACGUUUCCUACGCUGGCGCAACAAGUUCCAUCAAACUGUCCCUACUGUUACAGUACCUCCGCAUAUUCCCGAGAAACACUCACCCGACUAUGUUUCGCAUCCUCCUUGGUCUUAUCGCCAUCGUCACAACUUGGGGGGUCACCUACCUGUUUCUCAUCAUCUUCGCAUGCACUCCAGUGGAUAAGUCUUGGAAUUUGAUGAAGGAGGGUAAAUGUAUCAUGUUUGGCGACUUUCAUCCGAGGAACGCAUAUACGGCCUACGCCAGCCAAACUGCUUCCAACAUGUUCCUGGACACCAUCAUCCUGAUCACUCCUAUACCGCUCUUGUACAAGACGAGAGUCGGAAAGAGGGCAAAGUUCGGUUUGAUCGGGCUCUUCAGUGCCGGGUCACUUGUCGUCACCACAGCCUCCCUCCGCCUCUGGUUCGUCAUUAAGAAUCGUGCCGGCACCCAUCCUACCAUCGACCCGCCGUGGUACGCACCACCCAUCAUCCUCAUGUCAGUCCUCGAAGUCAACCUGGCCAUCCUCACCGCCUCAAUGCCCAUCUUCUGGCCCUACCUCGCGCACAUCGGCGGUUCCGGCAUCAAAGUCAUGCAAGAAGUCAUCGUGCGCUCCGAGCCACGCAAAGCGCCGUACCAGUUCUCGAACGCCUCCCUCACCGGCCCUUCGCCAUCGCCCUACCCGCAGCGCCGCAACACGACCGAGACCACCGACGACGACGACGACGCCGCGAGCAUGGCCAAGAACGGCUCCGCCAUCGUCGCCACGCGCCAGCGCAGCAACUCGGACGCCAGUAACCGCCGCUUAACGAUCGGCUUCUGGGACGAGGUCUUCACGGCGGGAGGCGUCGAUCGCGGGUCGAAGGGGUCGAAGAGGAAGGAUAGCAGUGCUAGUAACAGCCAGUACCGCCGCGAAAACCACUACACGGAAGCGCUGCCGUACGAUGGCGAGAGGCACAGGUUGUAUUACGGCGAUCCGACGGUCGCGGAGCUCGUGGUCGGCGAUUUGUUUGCCGGUGAGCCGGGUGGGGAGUCGUCGCGCGGCGGCGGCGCCAAGAGCAGUUUGGAGCGGGAGGUGUAUAUGGGGACUUGGGACGAGAGGGUUACUGGCAAUCAGGCCACUGCGUGGUUUGAGCCGGAGCCGGUGGCGUUGGAAGAUUUGAGAGGGAGGGGGAAGGGGAAGUAA